UGUGUGUGUGUGUGAGAGAGAGAGAGAGAGGGAGAACAAGAGAGAGCGCUACUGCUUUGCACUAACGUUACUUCCCUUUUGUCUUGUUUGAAACAUAAAAACAGUACCUCUGUAUCCCAUUUUUAAAAAAUUGUGGGAUCAGUUAAAACAUUUUAGAAUAAUUUUUUUUAUCUUAUAUUUGGUAUUUUUUUAAACAUCAGUGUUUAAUAAUUUUUUUAUAAUCUUGUAAUAUGGUAUAUGAGGCAUAUUACAUCUAUGAAGCUAAGCAUAGAUAUUAAUAUAUGUAAUUGCAAUGCCUUUAUUUUAGUGAGUUAAGUACACAUAACACAUCAUUUCUGCAUAACUGACCUUUGUCAGACAGACUGCCUUGAUCAGAGGAGCACAGAUAAACUACUGUAUUUAUUUCCCCAAUUGAUCGCCAUUCUGCAAUUAGUUUUUUUUAAUGCCUGGGGUCAUAAUUCAUUUUGCAUAUUAAACAAACACCUGAAUAACCACCAGAGGUGAUCAUUUACAUUAUAUUGUGAUAAACACAAAAUCAACUGUACAAAAUCUAACCCAGGUACAUGUCUGAUCAUUUCUUUUGUGUAAUUUCUGUUUUAAUUUCUGUUGCAGGCAGAGUCUGUGUAUGUGGACACUCACUAUUUGACCCUUUCUUCAGUUUCUCUUGUCUGUCCUCCACAAGCAGAGACUCACUGAUAGACAGCUGUUACCCAUUCUAGGCCUGACACAUCCAAACACGACCACACCGCAAGUGUAUCCUUUACAGCUAAAGAAACACACUACAAUCAACAAUGGCGGUCCAGUUAAGAGUAAUUUUAGAAGAACACAACAUUCAAAAAUUGAAACUUCCAACAGGAAUUCCAAAUACAUUGGAAGAUCUUGUUUCCAUAAUUACUGCAACUUUCCAAUUGCAUGGGGAAAUUGGACUACUAUACCAAGACAGUAACUUUGACAAUCAGUUUUUCAGUGUCACCUCAACUGCUGACUUGCAUGACAAGGCCACUGUUAAAGUGAUCCUAAAAGAGCCGACAAUCACCCUUGACCUACACCCAGUAUUUGAAUCAUCUACAUUGAGUACAGUGAGCACCCAUCCUGCUAGUACUGCUGAAACGGACAUCUGCCCUGGAGAUCAUGAUGCAUCCUCAGAGGUGUCAAACUGCGAAUCUUCAAGUUCCAGUGAUACCAUUAUUCUUCCUGAUUCAUGUCGCUCUGCUGCAUGGCCAGUGCCAUUCCAAGUACCAGAGUUUUCCAGAGACAUAGAACUAAUCCUUGCAGAGGCAAACAACUCGUAUCAUGCCACUGGAAGACACUUCAUGGAUGCCAGUAUUAAAUCAGCAAUAAUGCAAGAGCUUGCAAAAGUAAUUUUUUCAUACACCGCUUACCCAACCAAUGAGCAGAUCCUCUCAGUAGCUGAAGCCUUGGUUUCUAAGUUUCCGUGUCUUAGGGAGCCAGGUUCAUUUGCGGGAUUAUAUGGCUGGCAGCAGCGCAUAAAAAACAAGAUGCACAAUUACCGUGCCAAGCUAAGAUCUCGAAAAUAUUCUUACCCGGAAAUUGAAAUCAACACCUUAAAAAGGAAGCAUCCCGCUGAUGUAGGGCCUUUAAAAAAUAUAAAAAAGGCCAAAAAAGCAGAGGUUAAUUACCUCCCUCCACACCCUACUGGUGAAAGCCAAGAGACACUGGAGAAAGAGAGACUUGAAUUAAUUUGUGAAAUUACAAAGAAAAACAAUGCAAAGAUAAUUGCAGAUAAAAUGAAUAAAACCUUCUCUAGCCGAAGAAUUGAAGUGGUCAGCCUCAGCCCCUCUGUUGAUGUGUUUAAAGAAAGGUGGCCAGCAUUAUUCACUGAGGCUCAGAUCAAGGAGGAGUUCAGACGCAUCACAACGGUUUCCUUGGAGGAGACAUUCCUGCGGAAGCUUGAUGAGUACACACCUGGUCUUUUGCGGCUAAUGCGUGCCAAAGGAGGAGCAGCUGGUUGCAAGAUGCGUCCUCUGCUGGACAGUUCAAAUUUGAGCUCCUUACCAACCUAA